GGCAGAGGAAAAUGGCGGCGAUUGGUGAAAAUGGGCUGCUGUUGCUCUUUUAAAACGGCAUUAAAGCUGAUUUUAACACUCUUAUUUCGUAUGAUUAAAAAGAUGCAGCUAUGUGCAGUGCGCAAGUUGGGCUCUUAAAUUGGACAUAACCGGAAAAAAGGUUGGCGUGUGGUUUCUUAUCAAUCAGUGGCCUUUCCCUUAGCUUCUAACCUCUAGGUCCACCUUGACCCAUGGACCUGACAUCAGCAUCAGGCCUCAAAAGGAGGCUUGCUGCCCCAUCUUCACCCAUAUCCCAAAGAGAUAUCACCAGAAGCCCUCCUCGUUGCUCCCCCUCAUUUUCUCGGUCAUCUCCAUCACCUGAUCGGUCUUCGCCCUCAUCGACAUCGUCCUCUGCUUGUGCCAACUCAUCAGUGUUUCAGAAUCAUGUAAAAGGUCAGACUCGGCGAGCAGAAGUGGCAAUGGUAUCUUCUACGUCUGCCCCUCUAGCAAUGUCGUCCCUUGCCCCAUCCAUGUCCACAUCUACCUUAGCAGAGUCCUUUCCUCGCACUGUAUUGCAGUCAACUGUUGAUGAUGAUGACGAAGAAAGUAGGAACAAGGAGAUUUAUGAUCCUUUCCACCCUACUGAAGGGGAAAAGGAUGUAAACAUGGAAGAAGACGAGGGAGAAAAGUAUGACCCGUUUGACCCAACUGGUUCCCCGGCAUCAGAUGGUAACGAUGAGAGUGACAAAAUGGCAGAAGACAAGAAAAUUGAUGAGGAGAAAGAGGAACCUCCAGAUUCGACUGACAUUUUCACUGAUCCACCAAGCCCUCCUUUGGCUCCCCAGGUCCCUCAUAGGCGGCGGGUGGACUACAGCACGACCAAAGCCCGAGGUCACAGAGCUGACUCAGAGAAUUCUGAGAUUGAGGAGGGGGAGAUUGUUGUGGCUAUUGAAAGAGACAUUAGCAGCAAGAGAACAUCAGGAGAACAUCUUACCUUAAACUCUCCCAAGAUCACCUUUUUUGAUCCAAAGCCAGAACGCAUCCUCCGGGUGCUGGAUGGGGAUGGAUUUGUGUCUGUGUGCGCAGACGGUCACUGGGAAGAGCCUGUGGAUGAGCCUGUAGUUGGAGUGGAGGAUCUUAGACGGAAACUAGUCAGCAAGAGGAAGGAAAGAUAUCUCUCAUGUCCCGGAUCGUCCCCAUUGUCUUCUCAGCCGCCGCCGCCUCCCCUUUCGCCCCCUGUUGACUCCACACCGUCUCCUCUCGCACCUGCAGCUGAGCAAGGAAGCAGGAAUCGCAAGUCCUCGAAAAGUUCCAAGGACCAAAACAGACAUCGAAGCAAGGAAAGGAAGGCUCGGGAUAAGGAUGAGAAACGAAAGAAGAGGAGGAAAGACAAAGAUGGAGAUCGAGAAAGGAGUAGAGAGAAGAAGCAAGGGGACAAGACCGAUAAGGAAGGUAAAAGUAGGAGAAAUAGCAGGAGUAGCAGUCGUAAGAGGAAGAGAAUGCAUCACAGUAGCCCAGAGGCCUCACAGUCACGUACCUCUUCAAGACGAGAAGGCCACAGUAGACACUCGUUGUCUAGCCCCUCUGCAGAGCGGCAUAGAGACAGGGACAGAGAUAAAGAGAGAGACAGAGGUAGAGACCGGGACAAGGGCAGAGACCGAGACCGAAAAACUGAGCCAGAGAGGCAGAGGGAGAGCAAACAAAACCGCAGUCGUAGAAGAGAUGAAAGAGAUAGAAGUUCCAGCUCGAGAAAGGAUGAGAGGAAACAUACGGGAAGAUAUCCCUCAAGCAGCAGAGAGCGGGACAUCUCCAAGAGGUCAAGGAGAAGCAGGGAGAGAAGAGACGGUAACAGAGACCGGCAGAGGGAACGUCGGGAUGGUCGUCCGGUUGUUCCACCAUCUAUUCAGGACCUUAAUGGUUCCGACCUAUUUGCCAUCAAGCGAACCAUCACAGUCACCACCACCACAACCACCACCACUGUACCCGGCUCUCCUAUACUCACCCAAGCCUCGCCCUGUCGGACUGCACAGGACACGGACAAGCUCCACAAGAGGAAGAAGAAGAGAAGAUGGCACUCUGGUGGAGAGGAGGCGGACCGAGGACCUUGUCAUAGCCGAUCCCAGUCGCUGUCUCCCCCAAGGUAUCACAGCUACGAGUCUGACCGCUAUUCAGAUAAACUGGAGAUAGACAUGUUGUCUUUGGAUGGUGAGGCUUUGGACUCUGACUAUCCGUCAUUGGAAGACACACCUCCACCAGUCCUGCCCCCAGACCCACCUGCCCCCAGCCCCAAAUCCAAAACCACCCCCAAGACCGAACGACAUCGCCCGAAAAAGAAAGGACGCACGUUAAAGAAAGUAACUCAGUCCUCCUCCUCGUCCUCCUCUUCUAAUAAGACCAAAAGCAAAUGCCUUUCCUCACUGUCAGGUACCACUGAGUCUGCCCCCGUCUCAUCGGGCCUUCCUCUCGCCAAGCGAAAUCGGAAGGUGGGAAAAGACAAAGCGUGGGAUAAAGGCACCAAAAAGGAUUUAGGUCGCACUAGCAAAAAGAAAGACGGCAGCAGUCGAAAAAGCAAACUUCAGUCCAAAGUGUCAGUUUUGGUGCGUGAGGGUGUGAGCAGCACCACCGGGACAUCGGUUGGUUCCGGUAAGCUAGGUAUGGACCUCCUUGGUUCAGGUGGUACUGGUGGGGGCUCUGGAGGGUCUGUGGUCGGUGGUUCAAUUGCAGUAGUCUUCUGCAGAGACAACGAGAGCAGGUCGCCGUUCCUUAAACCUUGCUCUGAGCCUCUGUCAGUAGGAGUCCGCGCUAAAGAUCUGGCCAGUAUGGGCAAGCGUAAUAGCCUGGCAGCACCACCACCCUCUUUAAACAGUCCUUUGGGACUGAAAUCUAAGAAAACAAAGCCCGGCUCGAUCACAUCUACUUCUUCCUCUACGUCCUCUCCUUCGUCAACAUUGGCAACCAAGCGCCGCCGUCGCUUGGCCAAGAAGGUAAGGGAAAAAGGUGGCACAACAGGCACGGCCACGGAAGAUGCAGCUAAAUCAAAAGCGCCAUCUGAAGGCUGGACUGCGGCCUCUUUAGAGGGUCUUUCCGCUGGCGGCGAUGGAAGCAAGUCUGUCAGUCCACUCACAGGCCAAGCUGGCCCCGUUCCUUGUCUGUCAUCCUCCUCUUCGUCGUCCUCCUUCACAAGUCUGCUCCCACCCUCCUCUUCACCUCCACACACACCCCCACCGUCGAUGGCUCCCAUGCGGGACACAAGGGAGUCUUCACCAGACUCUCAGACUGUGGACAGCAGCUGCAAGACUCCAGAGCAAUCCUUCCUUGCUGAGGACUGCCCGACCCAGACCAGUCCCCCUCUCCCCCCAUCCAGUCCAGCCAGCACAUCUGUGCCCCAGGGGGCUGGCCUCAGUAUCACCUUAUCUACACCGAGCAACCUGCCCCCUCUUUCGGACAAUGCGCCCAAAUCUGUAGCCUCACCUCCUUCCUCGUCCUCGUCAUUAGGGGGUGGGCUGGCUUCCCUCUCUCUACCUCUGUCAUCAUCAGACCCUUCCUCCUCCUCCUCGGUGUCAUCAUCAUCUGCUAGUAAGCCUCCUCCGCCUCCACCUCCUGCAGCUCCUGUCCUCCCAUGGAGUCUGCAGACAGGAGUUGACUGCACAACUGGAGGAGUUCUUGCAUUGACUGCCCUGCUCUUCAAAAUGGAGGAGGCAAAUAUUGCUAGCAGAGCAAAAGCACAAGAGUUCAUCCAAGCAACCAGCCAGAUCCUCUCACAAGCCAACCAGAACCAGUCCCAGCCACAUGCACCUCCUCCAUCAGGCACCUCUACAUCCUCCUCACAGAUACCUCCCCCUCCUCCUCCUUCGCUCCCUCCGCCGCAUGGAUUGAGCCCAGCACAGUUCAUUCUCCAGAGCUCCCUGCCCUUAGUUGGUUGCACCAAAACCCCACCGUCUCACCUGCACCCUACUUUAGGCAGUGGAUGUGCACAGACUCCUCCACCUAUGCUGCCUGUGGGGCUGCCAGGGACGGGGGGCUCUAGAGACACUUUAUGGGACAAUGAAAGUAAAGACCCUGAUAAGUACCUGAAGAAGCUCCACACGCAGGAGCGAGCAGUAGAGGAAGUGAAGCUUGCUAUCAAACCCUACUAUCAGCGCAAAGACAUCAACAAGGAUGAAUACAAAGAUAUCCUCAGAAAAGCUGUUCACAAGAUCUGCCACAGCCGUACCGGUGAAAUCAACCCCGUCAAGGUCAGCAAUCUCGUCAAGCUGUACGUCCAGCGCUACAAAUACUUCCGGAAACAUGGCCGCAAAAUGGAUGAGGAAGAGAGGGAUGACAGGGAGCAGGGAUCACUGCAUUCCUCUGCCUGAUAGGAGGUUGAAAUGCCUGGUCACUGACGUGUGGACAUUCACUGAUUGUUUUGUGCUUUUUUUUAUUAUUGUUUAGCCUACCGUAUUCAUGUUACAUCAUGUUUCAUCCAUUUUAUCGCUUUAUUUCACUGUAAAUAUGUCCCAUAACAACAGGUCAUGUAUAGAAAAGAUGGUGAAAACUUAUCAGCCCAUGUACUCCAAUAAAGUCUCAACAACCUUGAAAAUGCAAUCAAUUCAUCCUUUACAUUGUUUCUAGCGAUCGCAGAAUUUUAAGAUUUUUAUCUUAUCUCUUGCGGGAUAUUAGAAAGACAUCAUAUUUGCUUUAAUCCACUGUCUUUUUGCGAAUAGUAUGCAAGCUGGACUUUUAUUUAUGAUCGUUCCAAUACUGUCGACACUCCGUUUUCAGAUUGUGAUGUCCUUCGUUCGUUUGCAUGGGUUACAGAUUUUGAGAAUGUGGUUAAAUCCCAUACAAAUAUGACUGGAUGAGCAAAUCAUAAAGGGUGCUCGGUGCCUAUUUAUUGUGUGUAGUAUUUAAUUACAAAAGUGACAGCUGAUAAGCAUGUUAUUGCCACUGUUGCAUAAUGUGGGGGUUUGUAACGAAAUAUUUUUACGUCUGUGUUUCUCAUACAUUCGUAUAUGUGUGCCGUCCUGCCAAGCAUAAAUUUGGACCAAAUUCUGAGUAAGCAAAUUAUUUCAAACGACCAUUAAACUGAUAUAGGCUGUUUGUCACCUGACCAAAAGUUUAAGACCACAGGCUCUAAAUGCCAAAGUUUUGGGAAAAAAAUGUGGAUUCAACCUAAUUUUCUGUCAGGUAUUUACGUUGGCGUGAUCUCUUGAUGGCAAAAGCAAAAAAGCUUUCAAUGCAGGCGGGUUGUUGAGCUGCAUAAAGUCCUUUUGCAGCGCGCCAUUGCUGACGAGUUUGGACCCAGUAAGACAGUCAUUUUAAACUUCUUAAAAGAUCGUGAGUGUUAUGGAACACAAAUGUCAAGUAGUACACCCAAAAAAGUGUCACGGGCCCUGAGCCGGAAGAUCAGAUUGGCUGUCCAUCAAGACAGGAUGAUCCUCAGCCCAUACUGGUGUAGAUUAUGGUCCAAUAACCAUCAGACGGAAUCUGCGACUGAAGGAUUAUAACAACAAAAAAACGUCUUCCUCGCCACAUCGCUUGUUUGGAAUUUGCAUGAGAGCAUCAAACAUGGGACAUUGAAAGAUGGAAGAAAGUUUUAUUCUCUGAUGGCUUCCAAUGUUACUGGCAUGACAAGAAGAUCCCACCUGAGAUGUUUUCCACAUGGCACAGUGGAGUGGGCACCAUCAGGAUCUGGGGUGCUUUUUCCUUCAAUGGAACAAUGGGGCUUCAGGUUGUGCAGGGGCGUCAAACGGCAAUUGGCUCUGUAGAGAUGUUGCAGGGGGCAUCCCUCAUGACUGAAGGCCCUCGUCUGUGUGUUAAUGACUGGCUUUUUCAACAGACAAAGGACUAACCUCACUCUUUUGUACCAUCCUGCAUGUUCCCCUGAUUUAAAUCCAAUUGACAACAUUUGGGGAAGGAUGGCAAGGGACGUUUACAAAAAUGUAGUUACAGAGGAUGCCCUCCGUAAAGCCAUCUUCACCACCUGCAACAACAUUCCCACUAGCUUCCUGCCCAAUCAAAUUUUUGAGGUGAUGAAUGGUGCAGCUACUCAUUACUCUUUUUUUUUUUUUUACAUUUGUACCUAUUUUAGGGGGGUGUCAGGUGUUUUUAGCUAUGGUCUUAAACAUUU